AUGGGAUUACCAACAACAACAACAAUUAAAAAUAGUGCAACUUCAAAUAGUUUAUUUUCCUCAGAGUCUCAAUUUUCUUCUGAUAAUGUAUUAGAUGAUGAAUCGACAAGUUUGGAUACACCAGAUGACCCAGAAAUUAAAUCUGUACUUAAUAAAAUGGAAGAAUUAAAUAGAACAAACGAAGCAGAUAUUCGUAGUGUAACAUCCAAAAUUUCUUCAAGUUCUCAAGCUGGACGUUCUUCCUCUCCUUUACCCAAUGGAAAUAAUCGCUAUGAAGAAUUGUUACCUCCACGAAGUAAUUCUCUUCAACCAACAGUUGAAGAUGAUGAGGAUUUUGACCUUUGGACGAUUUGGGGAAAUCUCGUAAAGAGUUGGGAAUUAGAAUGGAAAAGACGUCCAAGUUGUGUUAAAGAAUUAGCUCGUCGUGGAAUACCUCAACAUUUUAGAACUAUAGCUUGGCAAUUAUUGUCUGGUGCUAAUGUUAAAUUAUUACAUGAAAAUUAUUCAGAAUAUUUACGUUUAUCUUCACCAUAUGAAAAAGCAAUUUCAAGAGAUAUACCUAGAACAUUCCCAAAAUUGGACUUUUUUAAAGAUGAGGGAAAAGGACAGCAAUCUUUAUUUAAUGUUAUGAAGGCUUAUUCAUUGCAUGAUAGAGAGGUUGGUUAUUGUCAAGGUUCGUCUUUUAUUGUUGGACAACUGUUAUUACAAAUGCCAGAAGAAGAAGCUUUUGCUGUUUUUGUUCGAUUAAUGGAAAAUUAUAGACUUCGAGAAUUGUAUAAACCAACAAUGACAGAAUUAGGUUUGUGUAUGUUUCAGUUGGAAAUGAUGGUUCAAGAACAAAUUCCGGAUCUUUACAUGCAUUUUAAUAAUAUGGGAUUUGAUACUUCAAUGUAUGCUUCUUCGUGGUUUUUGACUGUUUUUAUUACAACACUUCCAUUGGAUUUGGCAAAUCGUAUAAUGGAUUGGUUUUUGGUUGAUGGAAUAGAUACAAUAUUUAGAAUUGCUCUUUCAAUUUUACAACAAUCUAGAAUUGAUUCGUUACAACUGGAUAUGGAGGGAAUGUUAAAAUAUUUUCAAAGAGAAGUUCGUUCCCGUUAUGAAAAUGAUCAUGAAUUACUUUUUACUAUAGCUUCAAGAAUUCAUCUAAAUGCGAAAAAAAUGAAAAAAUUGGAAAAGGAAUAUUUGUCUAAACGAACAAAAGAUCAGGAGGAAGCAAUUGAACUCAGGCGUCUACGAACAGAAAACCGAUUACUUCGUCAACGAAUAGAUUAUUUGGAAAGUGAAAGUUCAGCUUUAGCAGAUCGUUUAGUACGUGGACAAGUUGAUUUGGCACAACAAGCAGACACUUGUUUAAAUAUUUCUCAUGAAUUAAAUAUUUUGAGGGAUAUAAAUUAUGAUGCUCAUAGACGGCUGGAAGAUGCACAUCAAUCGAUAAGAGAAUUGCAUAUGCAAAAACGUCUCAACUUGAGAGAUCAAGAAGUUCAAGUAGAUGAUAUUUCAAUGAUUGAACAUAUACAUCAAUUACAACAAGAAUUAAUUGAGACCCAUUCUAAAAAGGCAGAUUUAGAAAGCACAGUUCGGGAACAAAAACAACGAAUAAAUGAAUUAGAAUCAGCAAAUAAACGUUUUAAAGAAUGCCCACCAGAAGGAGGAGUUGCUGCAAUACAAGAGGAAUUAAUCCGUGUAAAAAUGAGAGAAGCAGAAUCAUCUCUUUCUUUGAAAGAAAUGCGUCAAAAACUUGCUGAAUUUGAACAACAAUGGCAGGCUUAUAUGAAUCUACGUGGUAUUCAACAUUUUAAUCAAACAAGAGAAUCAGCACAUUCUCCACCUCUUUCAUCCCACUCCGUGGAUGAAGAAUUAGAGGUUAUCCCACCACCCCCACAGGAGCCUUGCCAUUCAACAAAUACUCCACCAACAGACCAACAACAACAACAAAAUAAUCAACAAAGAAAAAAUACAAAAACAAGAUUAGCAAAAAUAGCAACAAUAAUUGGGGCUGCUGUUGUUGGAGGAGGAGGAGGAAAUAAUUUAAAUGAAGUAAAUAAUGGUGAAACUUUGGAAGGUUGGAAUCAACGAGAAUUGGAAGAUAAUUUUAUUGGUUUACGUAUAAAAGAAGCUGAUACUUUGGCUGAAUUGAAAGAAAUGAGACAAAAGUUGAUGGAAAUGGAGACACAAAAUCAUGUUUGCACUAAUCAACUGAAACGACAAGACGAUGAAAUUAAGCGAUUACGUGAAGAAAAGGAGAAUUGUGUUCAGACAGAAGCAGAAUUACGUCAAGAAUUACGUGACUGUGAACGUAAAUUGCUUGAAUUACAAAGCGAAUUGAAAGAAAAAAAUAUUAUGCAAAGAUUAAAAUAUACAGAAGCUUUACAAACAGUUGCUGAACUUAGAUCACAAUUGGCACAAAUUGAAUCAAAGGUUUUUUCUGAAUUUUUUAUAAAUUAA